AUGACCAAGUGCACUGUUUUGUCCUCAAAAGAGAGCACUUCACUAGAACCUGUAAAUAAAACGUGUUGUUGCACAUCCCUGCGGCGAAGACAAAGCGAGGAGGUGCUAUGGGUAGGGCUCCCGUGUCAGCCAGCGUCAACCCUGAGCUCUGCCGUACCGUCAGGGCAGCAAGCACUACUGCAGAGCUCACCGGGAAAGAGAAGAAUAAGCAAUAUCCACCUUAAAUCCCACCUAAAUAACGAAAGUGUAAAUGUGGAUCCAUUCCCUCCUUGUAUCCAAACUGCAGAGCAGACGGAGAAGGAAGCCGGCCCCAACCUGGCUCCGCAGCCCUUGGGCCGGGGCUCUAGAAGCCCCGGCAGGAGCAGCCUCGGAGCCCUGCUUGUCCUGGCGCUAUCACAGGGACUGUGCUUUCCGUUUCCGCUUCUGAAGAGGUUGUUCUAG